GCAGUGUUGUGAGUCCCGAGUCUCGCGAUCUGCAAAACUCGGAUUGAAUGAAGUCAGCUGAUCAUUUGCUGUCGUAUYGCCACUCACGUCUUCCCUAGGCAGAGGAUCAAGACGCUGGACCGUUUAAUUUCUGAAGAUCUAGCCUGCCAGGAUGGACCUGUCCAAGCUGCCUAAGAUCUGGGAUGAGGAGAAAGAGAGCGAGUUUGGAUACGUCCAUGGAGUCUCCGGCCCAGUGGUGACGGCCACUGCCAUGGCGGGAGCGGCCAUGUAUGAGCUGGUGAGAGUGGGCCACAGUGAGCUGGUGGGAGAGAUCAUCAGGCUGGAGGGAGACAUGGCCACCAUCCAGGUUUACGAGGAGACAUCGGGUGUAUCCGUUGGGGACCCGGUGCUGCGGACAGGGAAGCCUCUGUCAGUGGAGCUGGGCCCAGGCAUCAUGGGCUCCAUCUUCGACGGUAUCCAGCGCCCCCUGAAGGACAUCAACGACCUAACACAGAGCAUCUACAUCCCCCGUGGAGUCAAUAUCGGAGCCCUCAACCGAGACCUGAAAUGGGAGUUCUCCCCCGUCAAGAGCUUACGGGUGGGCAGUCACAUCACAGGGGGUGAUAUCUAUGGGAUGGUGUUUGAGAACUCCCUCAUCAAGCACAAGAUCAUGCUGCCCCCGAGGAACAGAGGAACCGUCACCUAUGUGGCUCCCCCCGGAAACUAUGACGUCUCGGAUGUGGUGUUGGAGCUKGAGUUUGAGGGUAUGAAGGAAAAGUUCACCAUGGUCCAAGUCUGGCCAGUGCGACAGAUUCGUCCGGUCACAGAGAAGCUACCCGCCAAUCACCCACUGCUGACCGGACAGAGAGUACUGGACGCCCUCUUCCCGUGUGUCCAGGGAGGAACCACAGCCAUCCCCGGAGCCUUUGGCUGUGGUAAAACUGUCAUCUCCCAGUCCCUGUCAAAGUACUCCAACAGUGAUGUCAUCGUCUACGUAGGCUGCGGGGAGCGAGGGAACGAGAUGUCAGAAGUUCUGCGAGAUUUCCCCGAGCUGACCAUGGAGGUGGAUGGGAAGACUGAGAGCAUCAUGAAGAGAACAGCGCUGGUGGCCAACACCUCCAACAUGCCUGUGGCUGCUAGAGAGGCCUCUAUCUACACAGGGAUUACGCUGUCUGAGUACUUCAGGGACAUGGGCUACAAUGUUAGCAUGAUGGCUGACUCCACCUCUCGAUGGGCCGAGGCUCUCAGGGAGAUCUCUGGKCGACUGGCUGAGAUGCCCGCUGACAGUGGUUACCCAGCCUACUUGGGUGCCCGUCUGGCGUCAUUCUACGAGCGUGCCGGCAGGGUGAAGUGUCUUGGCAACCCAGAGAGAGAGGGCAGCGUCAGCAUUGUGGGGGCUGUGUCUCCCCCAGGUGGUGACUUCUCUGAUCCUGUGACAUCAGCUACYCUGGGUAUCGUGCAGGUGUUCUGGGGUCUGGAUAAGAAGCUGGCCCAGAGGAAGCACUUCCCGUCAGUCAACUGGCUGAUCAGCUACAGUAAGUACACGCGGGCGCUAGACGAGUACUACGACAAGCACUUCCCUGAGUUCGUCCCGCUGCGCACCAAGGCCAAGGAGAUCCUGCAGGAGGAGGAGGACCUGGCUGAGAUCGUACAGCUGGUCGGCAAGGCAUCGCUGGCCGAAACUGAUAAGAUCACCCUGGAGGUGGCCAAGCUCCUCAAGGAUGACUUCCUGCAACAGAAUGGUUACACCCCCUACGACAGGUUUUGUCCCUUCUAUAAGACGGUAGGCAUCCUGUCCAACAUCAUAGCGUUCUACGACAUGGCGAGGCACGCGGUGGAGACCACGGCUCAGAGCGACAACAAGAUCACCUGGUCCAUGAUCCGAGAACACCUGGGAGAGAUCCUCUACAGACUCAGCUCCAUGAAGUUCAAGGACCCAGUGAAGGAGGGAGAGGCCAAGAUCAAGUCUGACUACGCCCAGCUGCUGGAGGACAUGCAGAACUCCUUCCGCAGCUUGGAGGACUGAGCCUUCACCCUGGGCCUUUCACCCCUCACCUGUGAYGCCAGGGACAGUGCAUGUCUGUCGCACCCCCCCCCCGCGCCCCCGCCCCUCUCUCUCUCUGCAGCCACUUCCACUGCAGCCUCACAUUCCACUGCCUUGUGUUUACACCCAACCUCCUGCCAUCAGUUUACUCAACGUGUGAAUGUGUAUGGGCAAAAAGAGAAAAUGUACUGUAUUCUUGUAUUCUGUUUCCUCACAGAUUCUAAAUCCCCCAGUGUAUUUGCCCCAGCAUGGUCGAAGAUCUGCCCCAACACCUUAAUGUGUGUAUGUUUACAUGUCUGUGUGUGGGACCCCUGCAUUGCCCCUCCCUUCCCCCUGUUUGUUUUGGACAUGGUCUCUGGCCCUAGCUGUGUACCUGAAGACUUCAGUUGAUGUAAUUAUCGUUCAUUAGCACUCUAUCUGUACAGAAUAUUGAUGAAGAUUAACAUCAAAUACUUAAUAAGCAGAGUGACUCUAUUUGUUGCAGGUGUCUGGACAUGGACAACGUGUGGGCUGGUUUUUGUUCAUAUUUAGUGAUUUAUGCUGUGUAGUCUUGUGUACUUGCUGUAUGUGUGUAUGUAUGUGUGUGUGAGAGAGAGGUGGGCUCUCUCGCCCUGUCCUUUCUACUGCUCAUGGGACAAGUCCCAAAGAAUAAAAGGCAACCAAACAUUACUGUUUUUCAGUAAUGUCAGUCUUCUCUGCAUGUUCUGUGAGUGUAAUCAACAGGUUGCUACAAGUGUAUGUACUGUACUAACAAUAGUAGUGAACAUACAGGUGAUCAUGUUAAUAAGUGUAUAUAUAUACCACAGGAGGUUGGUGGCAUCUUAUUAAGGGGAGGAUGGGCUYGUGGUAAUGGCUGGCGUGGAAUGGUAUCAAAUACAGCAAACACGUGGUUUCCAUGGUUUCCAUGUGUUUGCCAUUCCAUUCGCUCCGUUCCAGCCAUUGUUGUGAGCUGUCCUCCCCUCACCAGCCCCCAUUGGUAUACGCAGUCACGUAUGAGUGGGUGUGUGAGAAUGACAAAAUAAUAAUUCUGGUGCUGCUGGUUGGACUAGCCUUGCUACGUGUCUCUAAUUCCUAUGUGGAAUCUGUGGCACUCCGCCCUUUAGUUUUGUCUAUGAAUGUGCUUAGUGGAAGAGGAGUGUUUGUCAGACACAACUAGUGAAACUACACACAUACAUUCCUCUCCUCGACUAGUUUGUGACUGCAGUAAUUAUAUAAAGUAUGUAGCUAGAUAGUUUUGAUUAGUUACUGAGCUGUGAUGUUUUUGCAGUACAGCUGCACUGAACAAAAAUAAUUUGAUGCACAAUUAUUUUUGUUCAUGUGAUGAUCUCCCCUAAAAAAAUAUCCUUAUUUUAAAAAAUCCUUUGGGGGCUCAUGCAGGUGAUGAAGGCUCAGCCUUAGGUCGGGCAGGUACAAUAAAUCAUAUUCUCAGAAUUUGCCUGUUAAAAAUAUAAAAGCUUGAUGUAUUGCAUCCUGUGCCUGCCAAUUAACAUUCUUUGAAAUGGGAGUAGAGAGCUGAUUUGGUAAUGCACCACUAGAACAAGAUCUUUGAGGUUGGAACAGAACAAAGAAUGAUGGCUCUUUUUAGACCUGUUUGACAGCCAUCAGUUAAAGUAUGCAAAUGGUAAUGAGCAAAGCAUGACCAUGGUGACAACUCCUUCAUUGUAUUUUCCUCUAUGGGCUGGGUCAGGUGAAAAGUUAAUGCUACGUUCAUAACCACGUGGGAACGUGUAGAUUACCAGUUGUGAAGUCAUAAAUAGAAGUUAGAUGCAUUCACAUGCGUUGAACUCGUUGAGAAGUGCUGAUUGACAAAUGGCAAACAAUACCAAUAAACUAAAAGUACAGCUAU